CGAUGAGAUAGAAAUUGUGAGGUCGAGAGAGAGUGGGAUGAGAGAGGGAGCAAGACCUCCAAUAACUGAAGAAAUGGGAGGCAAAUGUUAGCAAAGUUAUACAUUGCUCUAUUACUUCUAUUCUCCUCUUCCUCUUGUUCUUUUCAGACUAUUAUUACCUUCUCUCUUUCUCUUUCUCUUUCUCUUGCUCUUCCUGAACUCCGUUCAUUGCAUCUACUCUACUUAUUUUCAAGCUAUUACAGGAAAAGAAAUAUGGUUCGAAAAAGAGAUCGAUUUUGGGAGUAUGCUGAAGAUCUAAAAGGUCGUUUUAAAUGUAAGUUUUGUGAAUGUGAUUUUGCUGGGGGUGCUUCAAGAAUUAAAUGUCACUUGGCUGGAGUUAAAGGUCACGAUAUUGAUAUUUGUACGAAAGUGUCUAAAGAGGUCCAAGAGGAGGCUGCUCUAAUAGUUGGAGAACCUAACAAAAAACUUAAGGGUGCAUCAACUUCAAACAGAGAUAAAGGGAGGGAAAUCAACUCAACUUCAAUAUCAAAGGAUGUCACAUUAAGCAGAGUGUUUGAAAAGAGUAAUGAAGAAUAUAGCACUGAAAUCGACCUUAGUGUUGCAGUGGAAGGACUAUUAGCCAAGGUGAGAUCACUUGUUAUUGAUCAUAUUGGUUUUGGAUUGGGUGACAAGGAGCAGCUAAUAGAGCUUCUUGUCUCAUUAUCCAAGAUUCAAGUUGUGUUACAAGACACUGAGAAAUGGCAAAUAACUGAUGAACCUAUGAGGAUUAGGUUAGCGGAGUUUAGAGAUGUAGUUUAUGAUGCUGACGAUGUGCUAGAUGAGUUUGAGAUUCUUAAGCAAGAGGUACAAUCUCAAAACCAAAUAAUGGAAAGUAUUGGCGUUUCACUCUUUAAUCUUAUCACAACCCCCCUCAAUAUAGAAAACAAAAUGAAGACCAUCAUCGAUCGAUUAUUGGAUACAAUUAAGAAUGGUCUUAGAGUGGGGUCUAUGGAUACAAUCCCCAAGAUUAGCCUGGAUAGAGAGGUAGACUCCUACCUCAAUGAUUUAGAAAUUGUAGGGAGAGGAUAUGAUGUCUCAAAAAUAGUGAACAUGUUGACUAAUGCAAGCAAUCAAUGUAUCUCCGUUCUUCCUAUAGUGGGUAUGGCAGGUCUUGGAAAGACAACUUUAGCAAAAGAAGUUUAUAACAAUGAAUUAAUAAGGAAACAUUUUGAUCUACUAGCAUGGGCAUGUGUCACUAAGAAUUUUAAUUUUAAGAGGAUUUUAUGUGAGAUUCUUCAAUCUUUUGAUAAAAAUUAUUUUUCAUUCUUGGAAUAUUGCCAAUUCCAAAGUGAAGAUAAAAUUCUUAGUAGACUUCAAAAAAAAUUGUGUGGGAAUAAAUAUCUUCUUGUACUUGAUGAUGUGUGGAUUGAUGAUCAUGAAGAAUGGAGUAAAUUAAGGAGUUACUUGCUUAGUUUUAAUUCAAUGACGGGAAAUAAUAUUGUUGUAACAACCCGUAGUGAUAAAGUCGCAAAUCUCAUAGGGACACCACAAUGCCAACAUUAUCUGGAACAAUUAUCAAAAGAUGAAUGUUGGUCCAUAUUUGAAAAAAGAGCAUUUGCAAAUAAAAAAAUUACUCGAACUAGAGAUUUGGAGUCUAUUGGAAGAGAGAUUGCUAAAAGAAGUGAAGGGUUUCCAUUGGCUGCAAAAGUUUUGGGAGGAAUAAUGUGCUUUAAAUAUGAUAAAAGUGAAUGGUUAUCAAUUCAAAAUAAUAAAAUUUGGGAUUUAUUAGAUGAUGAUACUAAUAGAUUCUUCCAGAUAUUGAGGUUAAGUUUUGAUAAUCUUCCAACACCAUCUUUAAAACAAUGUUUGGCAUAUUGUGCAAAUUUUCAAGAUUAUAACAUCAGAAAGGACGAAGUUAUUCAACAUUGGAUGGCUGAAGGGUUCCUUGAAUCAUCUAAUGGAAGUCGUACGAUGAUGGAGGAUAUUGGUAACUCGUAUUUCAAUUUCUUGUUGGCAACUUCCUUUUUCCAAGAUGCUAGAAAGGAUGAGUAUGGUAACAUUAUCAGCUGCAAGAUGCAUGAUUUGGUGCAUGAUUUUGCACUCUCAAUUAUAAAAUCUGAAACUCUAAUUUUGGAGGGAGCUUCAAUGGAUUGUGUUGGCAACGCACAAUGUUUAUUUUUCCGCUUCGUUGGCCAAACAACACAAAGAAUUCCAUUUAUUGGAGAUGAUUUCACAAAAUUGCGCAGCUUAGUUUCAGAUUAUGCUGACUUUGGCAGCACAUUAUCAAAUUUUAAAAGCUUACGUGUGUUAAAGUUAUAUGGGGGCAGUAUAAUAGAGUUGCCAGAUUCAAUUGAGCAUUUGAUACAUUUGAGGCUUCUUCACAUCUCACGUGCCAAAAUUAAGACAUUACCAAAAUCCGUCACCAAACACUACAAAUUGCAAACUUUAACAAUCGAAAAAUGUUAUUUUGGAUUCAGAGAGCUUCCAGAAGAGUUAAGCAAUUUGAUUAACUUGAGACAUAUUUAUAUUGAUAAGGAACCUCUCCGUAUGCCUAAGAAUAUGGGGUUGUUGACUCGCCUUCAAACAUUGCCAAUUUUUGUUGUGGGUCAAGAUGAAGGUCAUAGCAUCGAAGAAUUGGGAGCUUUGAAGAAUCUGAGAGGAGAAAUAGACAUCCGCAAUCUAGGUUUUGUGGAAGAUGAGGAAGAAGCCAAAAGUGCAAAAUUAAAAGAAAAGGAAAUAUUCAAGUUGGGAUUAUACUGGAGUUGGGAAGAAGAUUAUAGAGAUAAAGAUAAAGAUGAAAAGGUGUUGGAAGGCCUCCAGCCUCACCAAAAUUUGAAAAGCUUAACAAUUGAUUUGUACGGAGGAAAGAAACUCCCAUCAUGGGUUGGUUUGUCGCUACAUCACAAUUUGAUUGAGAUCAAAUUGGGAUACUUCAAGAAUUGUGAAGAAGUUCCUACUCUGGGGCAUUUACCCUGUCUUAGGGUUCUUGAAAUAGCUGGAAUGUGGGAGGUAGGAUGUAUAGGAAGCGAGUUUUACCGUGAUGAGAGUUGCAAAAAUACAAGAUUAUUUCCGGCAUUGAGAAUACUUAAAUUGGAGUACAUGGAAGGAUGCAAAAGAGUUGACAAGUGCAGGUGAGGUGUUGGUGUUUCCUUGCCUAGAGGAGCUCACCUUAUAUGACUGUCAAUCGCUGAGAAAUUUGCCAGACUCACUCCACACCUGCACUUCCCUUCAGAAGUUGGUAGUGGGCUGGACUGACCUGAGGUAUUUGCCAGGUGUCCCGUCAUCCAUAAUAAGGCGUGGUAUUGAAGACCUACCCACUGGCAGUGAAUAUUUGGAGAAUUGGGAUUGUCUGCCUUCUUCUACUUAUUCCAUUCAACUCUCCCUCCAAAGUCUCAUGUUUUGUGGGCCGGAUACUCUCCUUGACCAAAUUCAAUAUUUCACUGCCCUUAAAAUUUUGUGGAUAGGCGCAAAUGUAAAUUUGGUAGAUUUGCCAGAGUGGUUGGGCAAUAUUUCUUCUCUUCAACAGCUGUAUCUUGUGCAUUGCUGGGAACUGGUGCAUCUGCCCACCAAGGAAGCCAUGCAACGCCUCACCCAAUUGAAAAAGCUGGUGAUUUCUCGUUGCCCCAAAUUUGAACACAAUGAGAGGAUCAAGAUUAGCCACGUUCCAUAUGUUGAAAUCAAUUCUAAACAGAAGCCAUAUUGCAAAGAUUUCGGGGACUAACUCAGGAAGCUGGCGAGAAGUUUGCGUUUGGGAAAAUAAUUAAGUUGAUGACAACUGUUGCCAAGGCACUUCAGGGUGUAGUGAUUUAAGUGAUCCCUAGUUCAACUAGUGCAAGCAAAUUUGAACUCACAUUCCUAUAAAGUUUCUGACAACACUGAAGUUGUUGAUGGUUCUACUUCUAAUAUUUUAGUAUAUGGUUUCCACCUUUUCGAAGCUCACAAGAAGAUUUCAUCUCGUAGAAUAGUGAACUUGAUGACAAAUGAUGCCAAGGAACUUCAGGUUUGUUUUCUCUUUACCACUUGGGAUAUGUAUUUAUAAUUUACUUCGUAAUUUGUGCUUUACAAGACCCUAUUCAAUUUAUGUAUUUGCAGAAUCACUGUGUUCUAUAGCCAAUGUACAUAUUUACAUAAACAAAAGUUUUAGUCUAUGUAAAGGCAUGUGUGUCAACUCCACCUGUGUUCAUACAUCACCAAAACAAUGUAUAGAGUUAUAUUGAGUACAGCCAAAUCACUGAAUUGUGGUUUGACUCUCUUGAUA